AUGGCCUACAGCUGCCACCAAUUCGCUCGAUCAGCGAUGGCGGACAGAGUGACGAAUCUGGCGUCGCAGCGGGCGGUGGUGAUCUUCGGAGCGAGCAACUGCUGCAUGUGCCACGCGGUGAACACACUCUUCACAGAGCUGGGCGUGAGCUGGACGGUGCACGAGCUGGACAAGGACCCCCGCGGGAAGGACGUCGAGAGGGUGCUCGUUGGCAUGGUCGGACGCAACCCGCCUGCGCCGGCCGUCUUCAUCGGCGGCAGAAGAGUGACGAAGCUCGCGUCGCAGCGGGCGGUGGUGAUCUUCGGGGUGAGCAACUGCUGCAUGUGCCACGCGGUGAAGACGCUCUUCACGGAGCUGGGCGUGAGCUGGGUGGUGCACGAGCUGGACAAGGACCCCCGCGGGAAGGACGUCGAGAGGGCGCUCGCCGGCAUGGUCGGACGGAGCCCGCCCGUGCCUGCGGUCUUCAUCGGCGGCAGGCUCGUCGGCCCCACCGACAAGGUCAUGACGCUGCACCUCAGUGGCCAGCUGGUGCCGCUCCUCCGCCAGGCCGGCGCCCUUUGGCUCUGA